AUGUUCUCUGAUGAGGAAAUAAAAGAGAGCAGCCUCAUGCGUCCUGGAGAUGAGAUAAUAAGUAUUCGAGAAGUAUGUUUAAUUGACAAGUAUGAUAAGAAAUAUUUGGGAAACGAACCGUUACUAUCGAAUUCUAGUCGCAAUGAACUCGAGGUUCCCCGUUUGUUCCGCGAUGGCUUCUUCUCCGAGGGUCUGGAUCCGCAGGCGAGGUUCGCGUGGACCGAGGAAGACGGAAAUAUUGCGUCUCUUGUCUCCGAACCAGGGUUUGGUACAACGGGGCAGACCACCUUCGGAACGGAUCUAGACGCGGCACUAACUACUGAGAUUAAGGAAGACACAUCGAGUUCCGGCUACGAUAUCACGAGAAACGAACUAACUCUUCAGAGUAAGUCACAAGUCGAAGCUAACGCGGUUUCUUCAACGUCCACUGGCAAUGGUCACUCGAUCAGCCAAUCAAAAGGCCGAACCACUCAUAAGGUUGAUAAAGCGGAUCCACGUUCCAGAUAUCACUACGUCAAAUACGUCAAGAGACACGGACGGACUGUCAAGUUAUGGGAGUGUGGUAUCUGCAGUCGGGAGUUCCAACAUCAAUAUACUUUGAUGCGACAUCUCCCAACGCAUACAGACGAGCGAAACUUUCAUUGCGAUGAAUGCUCGAAGAGCUUCCGACAGCUGUCUACCCUCAGUCAGCACCGUGCGAUACAUUCUGCGGAAAGACCUUAUGCAUGCGAGGUCUGCAACAAAACGUUCAACCGAGUAUCCACUCUGAUCUCCCAUCGCAAGACCCACUCCGACGAGAAGCCAUACAAGUGUCAUAUUUGUCCAAAAGGCUUUCAUCAGAAAGGCAACCUUCGAAAUCAUCUCUUCACUCACACAAACGAGCGUCCGUAUCGUUGCAAUAUUUGUAUGAAAGGGUUCAAUCAGCAGUCCAAUCUCGUGUGUCAUAAGAAUAAGGCUCAUCCAGAUGAAAAUAAUGUAAAUACAGUUAAAAGUAGAAACGCUUCGCGCGUACCAAUUCUAUCAGCUACGGAAACACAAACGGAUUUGACAAGACCACCGUCUGAUCAGUGUGAAGUGUCAUCAUCUGUGGGGCCUUAUUUACCACCCGAUCAGGCGAUAUCAAUAUGGCCCAAACCAAUCCAGUUUAAUGCAUCAAGGCCUUCAUCGUUGUCUAGUGAUUUAUGGAACGAAUCUCCAUGGGGCAGUAACGGUGUGAUCGUAGACCCUAUAAAUACUUACCAUAUGGGAAUAGCUCUCGCAACGAGACAAACUCCAUUCGCUUUACUGAAAUCGGAUAAUGGAACUCCUGUUCUUGUUAAAGUCGUUGAUACGAAGCUGCCUGGAGGAAAACAGAUGUUGGUACCCGCUACUGCCGAAGACUUAAAGAUUGGUGGGAAAAUUGUUUUGAACAAGGAAGUCGCUCUAGCCACAACGUCAGAAGUAAAUAGUGCUGUUCAGAUUCGAGUACCAGUGGUAGCGACUGUAGUGCCCAAGAUCAGACCCGGGGGAAAGCUGCAGUUGUCUGUUGAGGAACCACACCACGUGUAUCAUAACACUCUGUCUUCUAAUGGAGGAGAACAGAAAGAAAACCCAUGUACUGCUUCUGCCGGGCCUUCUAUCCCCACUAACCUUCCUCCCCUUGAACCUCUGCGUCGUCUUGAUCUCAAUUUAAAUGAACAUAAUAUAAGAACUAGUCGUUCCUACUCACCUGCGCCUUCGUCGCCUCUCGACCUCAUCUCCCUUGAUCUCUUCGAGCCCAUCGGAUGCAUUCCACUCGGUCCUCAGAUCACAUCAGUGGACAAUAUUGAGCAGCCGCCUCCGUCCGAAGACUCGGAUAUUUUUAUAGAAAAGUUUGAAGAAAUUAUCCCGCUAUCCGAUUCGGAUUGA